CUGCGCCAGCGAGCCAGGCAGAAACUCGAGCCGGGAACAAAGAGGGAUCGGGCUCGAGUGUGUGUGUGUGUGUGUGUGUGCGCGCGCGCGUGUGUGAGUGUGUAUCGGCCCCAGCUGCGGGCUGGACCAUUUGGGCCCGAGGCUCCUGCUGUGACCCCCCAAGACUCCGCCGCGCCAGCCACUGCCGAUUCCCAGCGCUCACCAGCACAAACUUUAUUCUUGGCAAACUUCUCUUUUUCUUCCCUCCUCCCCCCGCCCCCCUCAGCAGAUUAAAUGCUCCUCCCGAAGGAAAACCGAAGCGAAAGGGAAGGAAAGACGCUCGGACUCGGACCACUGCAGCCCGGGAGGCUCUUUAUUGUUUACCCUUCAGGAAGUGGACUUUUCGGUGUUUUCUGAUUUCUCCUCGCACCUCCGCUGGGGCAAACGGAGCCUUUUGGCGCAAACCCCCACCCCUUCUCCAAAAGCAAACCAACACCGAAAUCGGCACCCGAGGACUCCACCGUGGAGAGGUUUUGCACGGUGACGCGCCACGGGAUUCUCCUUUGCACUUUGGAAAGUCGUGCCCUCUCCAGAAACGGUGUCCUCGGCGCACAGGCCCGGGCACCAAGGGCGGCGUGGGGCGAUCACCCAGCCCUGGCAGCCUAGCCCGGGGCACGCGGAGCGGCGCAGACGCUCGCAGAGGAGGCGCCGGCGGCCGCCGCCCUCGCAGUCUGGUGCCCUUCGCCCCGGGGCCGGGCGCCGGCAUCCAUCUGAGUGAGGAGGGAGGAGAGCACGGCGAUCGCGGCGGCUCCCGCGGCUGCUCCGGCCUUGGGCCCCUCGCCCGCCCACCCCGCUUCCAUCCGCGGUCCUCCCGCACGCAGUCCUCCGACUCUCACGACCCCCACCACCACCACCACCUCCCAUCGACACCCCCCCUCCCCUUUCCCUGCCGCCGCCGAGGGCUCCCGCCGCGGAGCGGAGAUUACAGAGCCGCCGGGAUGCCCCAACUCUCCGGAGGAGGCGGCGGGGGCGACCCGGAACUCUGCGCCACCGACGAGAUGAUCCCCUUCAAGGACGAGGGCGAUCCCCAGAAGGAGAAGAUUUUCGCCGAGAUCAGUCACCCCGAAGAAGAGGGCGACUUGGCCGACAUCAAGUCAUCCUUGGUCAACGAGUCCGAAAUCAUCCCGGCCAGCAACGGGCACGAGGUGGUCAGACAAGCACCGUCCUCUCAGGAGCCCUACCACGACAAGGCCAGAGAACACCCUGAUGACGGAAAGCAUCCAGAUGGAGGCCUAUACAACAAGGGACCCCCCUACUCCAGUUAUUCUGGCUACAUAAUGAUGCCAAAUAUGAAUAGUGACCCGUACAUGUCAAAUGGAUCCCUUUCUCCACCCAUUCCGAGGACAUCCAAUAAAGUGCCGGUGGUGCAGCCAUCCCACGCCGUCCACCCUCUCACCCCCCUCAUCACUUACAGUGACGAGCACUUUUCUCCAGGAUCACACCCGUCACACAUCCCAUCAGAUGUCAACUCCAAGCAAGGCAUGUCAAGACACCCUCCAGCUCCUGAAAUCCCCACCUUUUACCCCUUGUCUCCAGGCGGUGUUGGACAGAUCACCCCACCCCUUGGCUGGCAAGGUCAGCCUGUAUAUCCCAUCACGGGUGGAUUCAGGCAACCCUACCCAUCCUCACUGUCAGGCGACACUUCCAUGUCCAGGUUUUCCCACCAUAUGAUUCCUGGUCCUCCUGGCCCCCACACAACUGGCAUUCCUCAUCCAGCUAUUGUAACGCCUCAGGUCAAGCAGGAGCACCCCCACACUGACAGUGACCUAAUGCACGUGAAGCCUCAGCAUGAACAGAGAAAGGAGCAGGAGCCAAAAAGACCUCACAUUAAGAAGCCUCUGAAUGCUUUCAUGUUAUACAUGAAAGAAAUGAGAGCGAAUGUCGUAGCAGAGUGUACGCUAAAAGAGAGCGCAGCUAUCAACCAGAUCCUGGGCAGGAGGUGGCACGCCCUCUCCCGGGAAGAACAGGCCAAAUAUUAUGAAUUAGCACGGAAAGAAAGACAGCUACAUAUGCAGCUGUAUCCUGGCUGGUCAGCACGAGACAAUUAUGGCAAGAAGAAGAAGAGGAAGAGAGAGAAGCUACAGGAGUCUGCUUCAGGUGGCAAAAGAAGCUCAUUCCCAACGUGCAAAGCCAAGGCAGCAAACCCAGGCCCUCUUCUGGAGAUGGAGGCUUGUUGAAAACCCAGACUGUCUCCAACAGCUUGCCCAGCUGGCCCCAAGGAACACUGACAGCAACCUUACCCUGAGGUCACUGCUAGCGACCCUCGACCCACAGAGACAGUCACUGCCAGCCCUCCCUCCUGUCUACUGCAAGCACCGACUUCCAAAACAAAGCUGAAAAAAAAAAAAAAUGGUUGCUUCUGAAAAAGAAAAAUUAAAAAAAAAAAAAAAAAAAGCCCAUGAGAAUGCUAGCAGGCCCUGCCCACUGAGCAGCACUGCUUCCGGUCUCUGCGUGCACUUCUCCAGCCUCUUCUCCGCAGGCCUGUCACCCUCCGGCAAGGACGGUACCUUGGCUGUGCUUGCCUUGUCAUGUGCAACUAGAGCCAGUGGCCAGAACAGGCAUUAGCAUCCUGGCGUGAGCAUUGUGGAAGAUUCCUCCUGUUUCUGUCUCCAUUUUCCUAUCUUUUCAAGUUUUUAUUUAACAGUACAAAAGGA